UCUACUUCUGCCGAAGAGCUCACAGACACAGUGUAUUCGGAAAAUGUUGUCAAUUGCAACAAAGUUAAUACUAACAGCUCUGUUCUUGAACAGCUGCUGGGCCAUUGAUGUCAAUCCGCGCUACGUACCACAUUACCACGUCUAUCCGCCUUCUGGCUGGAUGAACGAUCCCAACGGCUUCUGUAUCUUCGAAGAUGAAUAUCACCUGUUCUAUCAAUACAACCCUUACUCCAGCCAAGAACCUGGAGUAGCUCAUUGGGGACAUGUGAAGAGUCCUGAUCUAAUCAAUUGGGAACAUCUACCUACCGCAAUGACUCCAGAUCAACCGUACGACAUCAAUGGAGUAUUCUCAGGAAGUGCCAUCGUAGAAAAUGGAACAAUGUAUGUUCUCUAUACUGGUAACGUAAAUAACCCAUUUAACAAACAAGUGCAAGCUCUAGCCAAAAGCCAGGAUGGGAUAUCAGUAGUUAAAUAUCCUGGUAAUCCUGUAAUCGAAGGGGCAGAUUUUCAGCCAAACAUAAGAGACCCGAAAGUCUGGAAGCACGGAGAUCUUUUCUACAUGGUACUGGGCAACUCCUUCGAUGAUAACACUCGCGGUCGAGUACUGCUAUAUUCAUCACCAGAUUUAAUAUCCUGGACACUGGAGUCAGUUUUAGAUGAGUCUGACGGCUCUGUGGGACAUGUUUGGGAGUGCCCUGAUUUCUUCGAGUUGGACGGAAAAUACGUACUGCUAUUUUCUCCACAAGGUAUGCAAGCCAUUGGUGAUAAAUACAAAAACUUUUUCCAGACUGGAUACGUAGUAGGCAACUUUGAUUACGAAACGAAAUUGUUUACACCUAUAACCGAAUUUAGAGAAUUAGACCACGGACAUGAUUUUUACGCGACUCAAACUAUUUUGGACGGCUCAGGACGUAGGGUUGUUGUGGCUUGGUUUGACAUGUGGGAGUCGGUACACCCUGAGCGCAAUGACGGUUGGAGUGGUCAAAUUACUAUUCCGAGAGAGCUUGAACUCACAGAAGGUUUAAGACUCCUACAAAAACCUGUUAAGGAACUUGAUGCUGCACGAGGUGCGAAAUUACGCUCUGGGAAGGCUAAAGCCGGUUACACCCUGGGAUUAGAAGCCGCGGCUGCUGACAUUCGAGUGACGGCGCCAAGACUCCAAGAUUUUGAGCUACUUUUGGAAUCUGAUGAUUCUACUCUUUCAAUCAAAUAUGACUACAAGAGAGGUACAGUCACUCUGGAUCGUGGAGGUGACGAUGGUGUUCGCAGAACAAAGUGGAGGCCUGAAGGUAAUCUUAUCUGGCAGGUCUUGGUAGACUCGAGCUCCGUUGAACUGUUCUGUGGAGAAGGUGAAGUCACUUUCUCCAGUAGAUUCUUCCCUAACGGUGGAUUGAAAAUCAGGUUAGGUGAUGGUUCUAAUGCUGAUGAUCUAACAGUUUACAAAAUGCUUCGUACUAUUGCAGCACCCGGUGACAAUUGAAUUGUAACAGACCCGAAUCCCAAUUCUUAUGACUGUUGUAAUAUUGUUCAAUUUUGGUAAAAACCUUAAUUAUGUAUUGUUUCUCCAUUAUGUAUUUUAUCGCUAUAUGAUUAAAACAAAAUACUGUAUUGUAACCGUCAUUAAGAAAGAAAAGAGUUUAAUAAAGGCAUCAUGUUAAAGCAAA